AUGUCGCAUUCAGGCAAAGACAACAAUGUGGUCCAACUGCCCGAAGGAGUAACACCAUUUAUGCAUAUUACUCAAAAUGAAUUUAUAUGGCGAAAGCAUAAGAAACCGAGAGAACAGGAUAUUGCUAUAUGUGAAUGCAAGUAUGAUGCAAGUGAUCCUAAUAGUGCAUGUGUGGGAAGAUGUUUGAAUUUAUUAACAAACAUUGAAUGUACACCGGGAUACUGUCCGUGUGGUGACACUUGCAGAAAUCAAAGAUUCCAAAAAUGUGAAUAUGCAAAAACUAAGUUGUUCAGGACUGAAGGGCGUGGUUGGGGUCUUUUAGCUGAUGAGAAUAUAAAGGCUGGACAGUUCAUCAUUGAAUGCUGUGGAGAAGUGAUAUCAUUUGAAGAAGUAAAGAAAAGAUCUCAGGCUUAUGAAUCUCAUGACCUCAAGGACAUGUACAUAAUUUCUGUGGAUGGUAAUGAUUUCAUUGACUCCACUCGGAAGGGAAGUUUUGCAAGAUUCAUAAAUCAUUCAUGCAGUCCAAACUGUGAAACAAGUAAAUGGAUAGUGUCUGGGGAAACAAGGGUAGGUAUAUUUGCGAACCAAGAUAUAUCUGUUGGAAUGGAGCUGACAUACGAAUAUAAUUUUGAGUGGUACUACGGGGGUGCAAAUGUUCGUUGUUUGUGUGGAGCUGCAAACUGUUCCUUAUUUUUGGGUGCCAAGUGUCGACGAUUCCGGGAGUACAACCAUGUCUGGGAAGAUGGGGAUGACAGGUAA